ACGAUGAUGAACCGUGAUGAACCGCCUCCUCGCCUCAAACCACCAUCGUCACUGAAACUUGAAAAGGUCCAACUGGAGAAGGACUGAAUCAAUCCUUUAUCGACUUUCGUGCCCGUUGACCAUUUGUAUGGUAUAGAUGUCGAACCGAGCUUCAGAGAGCAAUACAAUUGAAGGAACCUUUAUGACGCACGAUAUUGCGGAACUGCGGUCCCUUACUCUGAACGAUCUUCCCGACAUCAUCAAGCAGACCGAGCUCGGCGUCGAGGCACUUGAGGCGAAAGAGGCAGAACUGGAGGGUGCAUGGAUUGAAGCUCGAAGACAACGUCUGCAAAUGAGGAGUACUCUCAAUUCAUACCGAAAUUACGCGACUUUUAUCUUCAGAUUACCGAACGAGCUGCUCGUAUUGGUGUUUGAACGCUGUGUUGAUACAUACACUGGCCAUACGCUCUCGAAACACGCAAUCCCUUGGGUCUUGGCCCAAACCUGUCGUCGAUGGCGACAUGUCGUUCUCCGUACACCGUCCCUCUGGAAUCCGAUUCGUAUUGACACUCGUCGUCUCCCGCAAAGUCCAAUACAGAUGAUGAAAUCAUGGUUGGAGAGGUCACAAACGGUUUUGUUAUCGUGCACUGCCUUGAUUGAUGCUCCCCCCUCUGAAGCAGACGUAGAGGAGCAAAUAUUCCAACAGGUUCUUGCCCAUUCUCAUCGCUGGGGUCAUUUAGCCAUAGAAUUGAGGGCUCGCUGCGACCUGUAUUACCGAUUCGCCUCUGCAAAGCAUCUCUUCUUCUCCAAUUUGCGAUCUCUUCACAUAUUUGUGGAAGCUCCUCCCUCCUACACGAUAGCUCCUCCUGUUUUAAACCUGUCGGCUCCCUCUCUGUCCAACUUGGAGAUAUCGUUUGUUACGUCGAAAAAGUUUCUCGAGAUUAUCAACGCUCUGACGGUUCUCGAAAAUUGUCACUUAUCAAUCAGCUCAGGAUUUAUUCUUGACGUUCAGAUGGUGGCGUUUUCACCUUCGUUGCGAUACUUGGAGGUUUUGGGACCACUUUCCAAUAUGAUCAACCUUCUUUAUUACAUCUCUACCCCGUCACUACUUCGCCUUUUCCUCUCUCCGCCGGACUGCAGCACGAUACCAUCGGUUGCGGCUCACAGGCUACUGCAAUCGGUUGUUAGUUUUCAAACACGGAGCCAAUGUCGGCUGAGACGGUUGCGUGUGCCGAUCACCUUCUUUACUUCCAACACGUCGCCACGAAACUUCGAUUGCCUAUCGUCAGUGCAGGAGCUGCACGUCUGUUUAGAAGCGCAUAACAGUCAUCAAUGCUUUAUUCAAAAUCUCAGAAACAUCGACGUGCUUCCACACUUGAAGGAAAUGCAUGUGCUCGUCUUGUACGAUCGCGUGGAGGAGACGUUCCGUUUCUUUUUAUCACAGUUUUUGGAUAUGGUGGAGUUACGGCGACGUUCAGCGAAGUCCCGUAGCUCGAGGCAGUCUUCUGUCAUGUUGGAGUCUAUAGAGAUUGACAUGAUCAGAAAGUACGGUCGCCCAAAAGUGUCAAUCUCCAUAAAUUACACGAUAUCCGCGCGUCUUGCACGAUUACAGAGAGAGGGCUUAACCUUACUUGGAGGGGUGCGUGACGGAAAACUGCAUCCAUUUCAUUCCUCGUUGAACUAUUGGGAUAUCGAGAAACAUGAAAAGCGUUGGUCUCAGGGCUUGGGUGGGGUGAUUAGUUGGUAGUAUGUUCAUGUUGACAAAUGGAUUAUGGACGAGGAUGUGAAUGGAACCGGCGCUUCAAGGGUUUCACGAAGAAUCAAACCUCGAAAUGACAGGUAUAAAACUUGCGAUUUCAAGGGUUCUGUUUCACUACGACCUAUCUACUGCUCUUUAUAAACCA